UCAGAGCCCUUCUUUCUGACAGGGGCCAGGGGUAGUUAAGGUAUUCGAGAAAAAACCAUGACUGGUCGUAGACGGUAUUGUGAUAUUCUGACACUAUCAUUUUGUUAUUUGCCAAUAAUCUAGUUUCUUGUUUAUAUGACUCACCUGUGUUGGCUGUUUCUUUGAUUUUAUUGGCUCUUCUUCUUUCUUCCUCUAGUUUUUUCCUUUGAGUCUUAUAUCUGGAGGUCAAGUUUCAGAUCCACCAGGUCUUUCAGGUCUCAUCAUCCCCACCAGUAAUGUCUUUCUCCUGAUAGUAUUAGACUAGCAGAAUAGUUUCUUCUUUCCCUUUCUUGAAGAUGGACAGGGAAGACACAUCUGGCUUUGUGAGUGGCGGAUGUUUAUUAUCUCUUGUCAUGUGCUAAGUGGUAGUUUUUGGGAGCUCUCUAUCUACUACACCCUUUUCAUCAAUAUGAGUGACAACUCUCUUACCCUCAACUCCCUGGGAGACUCUCAAAGCCAUUUUUGCUCUGAUGUCUCUAACUGCACUGAUGAUAGCUGCCGCUUGGUCCUUGGAUUAGGUCCAACAUCAGCUUCAUACUGUUAUGGUACUCAAGAACUCGCAUCACGAGGUGGUUCACUUCUGCAACUUGGUCUUCCAGACACUCUCAGCGGACUUGAUCCCUCAUCGUCUACAUAUACUAGCAGACAAUGUGUGGUUCCUCCUGUUGAUGAAGGUUCUUCUUCUGCAAAGAGAUCAGGUGGUUACAUGCCAUCACUUCUGUUGGAUCAUUCACAAGUGAGUCUAGAGUCAUCCUUCUCUGUACAACAGAGGAGUUACAACCCCAAGAAGUGCAAUUUCUUGGGAUGUAUGAAGGGAGCUAGAGGAUCUUCAGGGCUCUGCAUCAGCCAUGGAGGAGGAGGAGAGAGAUGCCAAAAGCCAGGCUGCAACAAAGGCACAGAGAGUAGUAAAACCACUUUCUGCAAAACACACGGUGGAGGGAAGAGAUGUGAACACUUGGGAUGCACGAAGAGCGCCGAAAGAAAAACAGAUUACUGCAUAUCUCACGGUGGUGGAAGACGCUGCGGGUUCAUCAAGGGGUGUGACAAAGCAGCACGUGGCAAAUCAGGUCUCUGCAUAAAACACGGUGGUGGCAAGAGAUGUGUUAUAGAAAGCUGUGCGCGAAGUGCUGAAGGACAAGCUGGUCUUUGUAUAUCUCACGGCGGUGGGAGACGCUGUCAGUUUUCUUCAGGUUGUGAUAAAGGAGCUCAAGGGAUUACUAACUAUUGCAAAGCACAUGGAGGUGGGAAACGCUGUAUAUUCUCAGGGUGUGGUAAAGGAGCAGAAGGGAGUACUCCUCUGUGUAAGGCGCACGGUGGUGGGAAGCGUUGUCAAUCUGAAGGAGGUGGGAUUUGCUCUAAAAGUGUGCAUGGUGGGACUAACUUCUGCGUUGCUCAUGGUGGUGGGAAGAGAUGUGUUGUGUCAGGGUGUACUAAGAGUGCUCGUGGUCGCACUGAUUGUUGUGUUAAGCACGGUGGUGGGAAACGGUGUAGGGUUGGUGAGUGUGGGAAGAGUGCUCAAGGGAGUGGUGAGUUGUGCAAAGCUCAUGGUGGUGGGAAGAGGUGUUGUUGGGGAGGUGGGGAGUGUGAGAAGUUUGCUAGAGGGAAGAGUGGUUUGUGUGCUAAGCAUAAUAGUGUUAAGGAGAAAAGAGAAGAUGGUGGAAGCAAGAGUGGUUUGAUUGGACCGGGGCUGUUCAGUGGUCUUGUUGUUGGUUCUAGUUCUGAUCAUUCUCAGUCUGAAGUUAGCGCUAUACAGUUGGAGAAAAGGCAGAAGAUGAUGAUACCUAUGCAGGUUCUUGUGCCUUCAUCAAUGAGAUCUCUAAGUGGUUCACAUGAAGGAGAAACAAACAUGUUUGACUUUAUGAUUCCGGAGGAGAGAGUUCAUGGUGGUGGGAUGAUGAUGUCUUUACUUGGUGGUAGCCUGAAACAACCUUCCACUGAUGGAAACUGAGAGCAUUCUCUUUGUAAGUGUAACAUGCUCAGAACAAACUUCUGUAAAGCUGUAAAUAUGUGUGUUGCAACUGGUUAUGUUGCUCUUUUGUUUUGUCAACUAAACCCAAGCUUAAACCGUAUUUGAACCGAAUUAAACCGGUCUAAACCAUAUUCCGUGGGGCCUUUUGUGGGCUUCUUCAAUUGUCAAACCAAUUCGAAAAUAUUAGUUUUUGAUGAUAAAAAUAUUA